AGGUGACACACCCGCCCACUUCUAGGGAACUGGCAGGAGCCAGCCUCAGAGGACGGGAGCAGAUUAAGGGUCCAGGAGGAGCUCAAGACAACAAGUGUGGGCUGAGCGAGCUGAACACAGCCACUGUCAGCAGGCAGCCAGCAGGGCACAGCGACUGGGUAGUGAACCCUGUCACCCUUUGCAGGGACCUCCCGGAGCACCCACGGAAGCCAGCCAUGAUGUUCUCCAUAUUCAAUUUCUGGGACACCUUCAACAUCUGGGCCAUAUUUGACAUCUGGGGCCCGAUCAACAGAGUGUUCUUCUUCCUCAGCCUCACCGUCAGCCUUGCAGGGCUGGCGGGCAACACGCUGCUGCUCUGGCACCUGGGUCUGCACAUCAAGAAGGGCCCCUUCAACACCUACCUGCUGCACCUGGCCGCCGCUGAUUUCCUCUUCCUCUCCUGCCAAGUUGCCUUCUCUCUCGCCAAGAUCGUGUCGGGCCAUGAGUACAAACUGCACUUCCCGGUCACCUUCCUCUGGUUUGCUGUAGGGCUCUGGCUGCUGUCUGCCUUCAGUGUGGACUGCUGCCUCUCCUACAUGCUCCCCUCGUAUUGCAGCCCCAACUGCCGCCCCAAGCACACUUCAUUUGUCCUCUGCCUCAUGGUCUGGGCCGUGACCAUGUCGGUCGUGCUGCUGCCAGCCAAUGCCUGUGGCCUGCUGUUCAAUGGAAUGAAUCUGCUGGUUUGCCUCAAGUACCACUGGGUCAGCGUCAUCUGGUUUGCGCUGCUGGCUGGCUCGGUGUUUGGGGUAUGCAAGUUUCUCUUAGUCUCGGAGAACUGCUGCUCGUUACAGCCACCCCCCAAGUUCUGCAAGUUGGCCCAGUUCUUCGGGGCCCUUCUGCUCUUCUGUCGCCUGCCCCUGGUUGUCUACUGGUGUCUGCGGCCAAUCAUAAAAUUCUUGCUUCCCUUUUUCUUCCCACUGGCCACCCUCCUGGCCUGCGUUGACAGCAGUGCAAAGCCCUUCUUGUACUACCUGAGGGGCAGGCAGCACAAGAAGGAGCCAGUGCUGGCAGCCCUAAGCAGGGCUCUAGGGGAAGAGUCCCAGUCAAGUGGUGGGGGGAUAUCCCUGCCCAUGCUCCGAGUGUAGAGAGCGACUCAUACACCUACCUGCCCUGCCCUCGUAGCUGCCAAGGGAUCCCAGUCUUGCUCAAACCCCUGCCAUGGUCCAGCCAUGGUCCUGGGGACUUUGUGGCUACCUCUUGUAAGCAGGAGAGAAGGGAAAGGGGACAGGCUGCAUAGUGAACUCGCAAAGAAGACAAGACCAGACAGAGGGGUGGCUGCAUGAAGAAGGGCAUGUGUCCUACAUCCUUCUGCCCCUACAGCAUCUGCCUGAGAAAACUGCCCCACCACCCUAGUAGACCAGGAGCUUUGCUUCCUCCUGCCAUAGAUGGGUCAGGUGACUGGAACUACAGCAUCGGCUUCUGGGGAGCAUUCUCUCCUCUUGUGGGCACUGAGGCCUUAUGUUGGACGCAUCCACUAAUGGGAUUCAUCUGGACUAUUCUUUCUCCCUCCCUCACCCCAACAUUCCCCGACUAAACCUCACUAUCCAGGUAAUGACACUGGGCUUGUGGCCUCCCCAAUUUUCCAACCUGGUGUUACUACUCACAGAGGCCACAAGGUGGUGGUGUUUCAUCAUUAAAUAGACCCAGUCUGUCCUGUGCACAGGGCCACCCCAAUUUGUUGCCUCCUGGGCACUUCUGCUCCUCAGGUGUUCCCCAGAGACAUCACAGUGUCAGCAGGGGGCCUUGGCUCCUACCCAGAGCCCGUCCCACCCCCAUUCUGGGUACCUCUAGGACUGUGCUCAGUCAAGCUUUUUCUGCAGACUCCUCCCUGACCUGCCAGCCAGCUUAACCUACAGUUCAAGAAAAGAGAGAGAGCCAAGCUUCCAAAGAGCACGUUAUUUUGUACAUUUUAUGAUGGUUCUUUAAUAAUUAAAAUGAAAAAAAUUAAAAACAGAAAA